AAUAUAAUAAUAAUGCUUAUAAAAAUAAUAGAUUUAAAAAAUUAAAAAUAUUAUAAAUAAAUAAAUGCCAAGAAUGUUUAGCUCUUUGAGAUUGGCGACGAUGCGUUCGCGUGAUAAAAAUCGUGGACGUCCUGGUAGUGUUGCAACAAACAUAAGUACAGAUUCAAAUCGUACUGAUGAAAAUAGUCAAUCAUCAUUAUCAUCAUCAUCACGUUAUGAUAAUAAAUUUAUAUCACUUGAUGACAUUGAUAGUAAUUUUUCAAUACCAUCAUGUGUAUCAUCAAAAGUUGCACAAAUAAGAUUAGAACGUGAAGAUGGUAGUCUUGGUGUAACAUUACGUGGUGGUGUAUCAAGAGCACUUAUUGUAACUGGUGUUAAAAAAGAUGGACCAGCAGCAAAAGAAGGAAGAGUUAGACCUGGUGAUAGAUUACUUGCUGUUGAUGAUACUGAAUUACGUGGUUUAACUUUAUCUGAUGCACAAAGAGCAUUAAGAAAAACUUCUGAUUCACCAAUAGCAUCAUUAACAAUUGAAUAUGAUGUUGCUAAUAUGGAUGAAGCUAGAGCAUCAACAUCUGGACCACUUCUUGUACAACUUGAACGUAGUUUAUCUGGAGAAAUUGGAUUAACUGUACGUGAAACAUCAAGUGGUGUUUAUAUUGAAUCAUUAAGACCAGCAAGUACUGCUGAUCGUUGUGGUGCAUUACAACCUGGUGAUAAAUUAUUAGCUGUUGAUGAUACACAAGUACAAGAUUCAAUAAUUGCAUCAAAAUUAUUACGUAAUAUUUCUGAUAAUUGUCGUAUUGCUAAAUUACAAAUAUUACCAAGACCACCAAGUACAACAUCAAGAAAUUACAAAAGACGUGGACAUUUACAAUCACACAAUGACAACAAUAAUAAUAUUAAUAAUAAUAAUAAUAAUAAUAAUAAUCAAACACUUUAUAUUAAAGAAAAUUUAACAAUAUUAUUGAGACAAGAUCAUCGUGGUUUUGGUUUAUCAUUAAGAUUAUCUGAUGAUGAAAUAAAUUAUGUUGUUGAUUUAUUAGAAGCUGGUGGACCAGCUGAAAGAAGUGGUGUAUUAUUACCUGGUGAUAAAAUAAUUGCAAUUAAUCGUAGAAUAUUAAGAGAUUUACAACCAUCUGAAAUUGGUGCAAUAUUAGAAUCAACACAAAUUGAACUUGUUAUUGAAUAUAAAGUUGGUGGUUCAGUUGUACCAAAUUCAGGUGUAUUUACUGUACGUGUUGCUCGUCCAUUUGGUGGACAACCAGAUCUUGGAUUAACUGUUAAUGAAGAAUUAAUAAUUGCUGAAGUUAGAAGAGGUUCAUUAUCAUAUAGAACUGGUAGUUUAUCACCUGGUGAUCGUUUAAUGGCUAUUGAUGGACAAAAACUUGAUCCUGGUGAUUUACGACAAGCUGCACAAUUAUUACAUAGACCAGGUACAUCAGUUGUUGCAUUAACAAUUAGAAAAUCUGACAAUACAAAUGAUCAAAGAGACAGUAGUAUAAGUGGUAGUGUAUCUGGUGAUACAAUUCAACAAUCAUAUAAUAAUACAGCAUCAAGAUCAGCUCGUGAAAGUCUUCCAAGUGUUGACAGUGCUGUUGAUUCAUGGGGUGAAUUAAAUGAAGCUAAUGGUUUUGGUUCUGAUAUUAUUAAACUUUGGGAUACAGCAUCAAUUGACAGUGGACAACUUGAUUUACCAAUGUCACCAUAUUCUGGUUCACAAGAAAGAAAUGUCAAUGAUAAUAAUCGUCCACAACAAAUUGUACAUAUAUCAUUACACAAAGAUCCAGUUUAUGAGGAUUUUGGAUUUUCAGUUUCUGAUGGAUUGUAUGAACGUGGUGUUUAUAUUAAUCGCUUGAGACCAGGUGGUCCAUGUGAUGGUGUAUUAAAACCAUAUGACAGAAUUAUUCGUGUUAAUGAUACAAGUACUGAGGACUGUGAUUGUUGUCUUGCUGUACCACUCAUUGCUGCUGCUGGUGCUCGGCUUGAUUUAACUGUUGCCCGACCCAUAACAACACAAAAUAUUACUAAAAAUUUAUAAAUAUAUAUUUUUAUUAUCGUCUUUAUAUCAAUUAUUAAAAUUUAACAAAUAAUCAAUUAUU